AUGGACGCUGAUCUUGGCUUCCCAGGAGUCGAAGACGAAAGUGUGGAGCAAGGCAACCAGGUCAAGCAUGCUCCCGAGCUUCUCUGGCAAGAAACUUCUUCUACAGCAAAUGGUGACGGAGCGGACGUCGUCCGAUGGCCAUCGACCGCCUCGUCAAGCGUGGAACUCCCACCCCAAGCACUAUGUGAGGAGCUAGUCGAGUUGUACUUUCAAUAUGUUCACGAUACCUUCCACUCGCUCUUUCAUAAACCCAGCUUGAUGGAAGACACCAGGAAUAGCGUGGUCCCGAGAGUCAUCCUCUUGUCUAUCAUCAGCCUUUCGGCAAGGUUCUCCAACGACGUAUACUUUGCUGGAAUUGAUCCUCGAAUACGCGGCAGGCAGUAUGCUAGGGACGCUGAGAAGCUGCUCGACCUACGAGACAUCUCAGUGUCUACUGUUCAGACUUGUGUUCUACUUGGUGCAUAUGUCAUCACUGAAGGUGAGGCCCUCUCCGAAUCGCUCUACUAUAGCGUCGCGUGUCGUCUAGCACUGCUUCUCGAUCUGCCGAACAUGCUCGUGAGCACUCAACUCGAACAGGAAGUUAAUACCAGGAUUUGGUGGUCUUUAUGCAUGAUCGAUGUCUGGUCGUCAAACGGAGUCGGCUUGCCACGAUCAAUGGCACCUCGGGACAAUGUUCCGUAUCCAGUAGAAGAGACUACAUUCCUUGAAAUGAGGCGUGACGACUGUGAUUUACCCAGUCCAACCACGAUGCAGCAAUCCACGGGCUCGUUGCUGACACAGGUGAUCAAACUGAAUGCCAUCUUCUCCGAAGUCAGUGAACUCAAUCGAGGAGCAGUGGCCAAUCAGCCAUUCAGCUUCGAAUUUGAGAACAGUGUGAACGCCCUGACGGGAAAACUAGAGGGUUGGUAUGCGAAUCUACCGGUCCUGCUUUACUACCAGUAUCUGCACGAAGACUCCUCCGAAGCGGCUUCGCAUACCAGCUACUAUGCCGAAAAGUGUCGGAUGCACUCCUCUGCUCUCUGUAAGAUCCUCUAUCAGGCAUACGCGGUACCUGGUUGUGAGGUUUACUACACCAUGGUCGGCCAUGUCCUCGUUAUCGCAUCAACAGUCCAGCUCCAUAUACUGCUGUUCGACCAAGACGAAGCGCAGAUCAAAGCCGCAAGAUAUCGACUCGAAUGUAAUUUUGAGAUACUGUCGAAAUUACAAACCUUCUGGCCUACACUCGAUGUAUGUUUUACUCGUUUCAGGGAGUUCCACAAGGCAUGCGAGAAGAGUAAAGAGUCGUCUUUCAGAAUGGACAAAUGGAUGCUGCAAUUCUUGUUCGAGUUUGCAAAGCCUAUGGGGGAGAAGAAAGAUGAGCUUGCUGAUUUGCAGCCUUGGAGUAUGACUGAUCUCGGCUUUAGUCCCUACCAGCUAUGA